AUGGACCAUUUGACAUAUGCAAAUAUUGAAAAUGAGAUUGUAGUUGAUGAUAUCGAUGACGAUUUGGGAAAUGAGGAUGCUGUACUUUUUGAAGAACAAUUAGAAGAGCCCCAAUUAGAAAAGGAAAUUGGUUCAACUUCACUACUUGAUCAUGGAAAAUACGAUGUGCCCGAUGAUGCUAAAACUUGGGUUCUUAGGAGAGUUGGAAAUUUGUAUAAGGCAAAAGAAAUACGCAAGUCUCUAAAAAAUAUGCACACGGCUGGUCCAAAAAGUUUUGCUACAAUUCGUGACGAGAUGGAACAAAUGAAGAAGUACGAACAUCUAGAAGAUGAAAGUGAUAUCGUAGAUCCUUAUAUGAUUGUGAUGAAAAAAGGGAAUGAUGGAUACCGUCGACUUUAUGGUAGAGACGUUACUAAUAGAUUGAUAAAAAAAAGUGGGUGGUGGUGA